UUUUGGUUUUCUCCCCCUAGACCCAUCAGCUUAACAGUGGCCAAAUGCUGGGAUCCUACCCCCAGGAGUUACUUCACAAUCCCCAGGGCUGAGCCGGUGCGGCCGAUCGACCCCGCGGCCUGGAUUUCUCAUACCACGGCUUUGACGGGAGCGUACCCCCGUUACGGUAUGAGCCCUUCCAUGAGCAUCAUCACUUCUACCAGCUCCUCACUAACAAGCUCAAUUCCCGAUUCGGAAAAACUGGACGAGACUCCCUUGACGGUGAAAACCGACAUGGCCACCAUCGUCAAAGUGAUGCAGUUGCCGGAUUCAGGGCUGGAAAUUCGGGACAGGAUGUGGUUGAAAAUCACCAUCUCCAAUGCAGUGAUUGGAGCAGAUGUCGUCGACUGGCUUUACACCCACGUGGAAGAUUUCAAAGACCGCCGAGAAGCCCGGAAAUACGCCAGCAGUAUGCUGAAGCACGGCUACCUCAGACACACUGUGAAUAAGAUUACUUUCUCAGAACAGUGCUAUUACGUGUUUGGAGAUCUUUGCGGCAAUAUGGCUGCAAUGAACCUCAACAACGGUUCCAGCGGGGCUUCUGACCAAGACACCCUGGGCCCCCUCCCGCACCCCUCCACGCCAUGGCCGCUGGGGCAAAGUUAUCCUUACCAGUAUCCCCUCGCCCCUCCAUGUUUCCCGCCAGCCUACCAGGACCCCGGCUUCAGUUACGGCAGCGGCAGCGCGGGAAGCCAGCACAGCGAAGGAAGCAAAAGUAGCGGCUCGAACCGAAGCAACAGCGAGAACAGCCGGCGGCGGGAGAAGGACCGCAAGUCAGCAGGCGGUGGCAGCAGCAGCGGCGGGUCGGACCCAGCCACCUGGAGCAGGGGUGGGGGGAGCGUCCUGCGGCACGAGCGGCCCCCCAGCCAACUUAGCCACCGCAGCCACGUCUCGGCCACCCUCAGCGAGAGAAGUCCACGCAGCCACCACUCGUAUGGCCCUCCGGGCGGGCUGCCUUCCCUGGGGCACUUCCCCAAGCUGGGAGGCAAACUCUACGCCAUCAGCGGGCCCCCCGGAGGUCCCCCCGUGCGGGAACUUAGCUCCAUCCCUCCCGAACUGACCGGGAGCCGCCAGUCCUUCCAGAAAGCCAUGGGGAACCCAUGCGAAUUCUUUGUGGACAUCAUGUGAACAGAAGUGCCUUCUUUCCGGAGUCCGUGCAGAAGGGUUCUUGUCCUGUCAACAGACUGGGCCCAGGGCCCCCUUUUUUGUUCAAAGCAACGGGGAAAGAGAGCGACGCCCACCCCCCACACCCUUCCCACUCACCCUGCCCCCCCUCCACCUUGACAAUCUUUUGCAUGUCACACCCUUCUGACUCUUGAUUGUGUUUUGCCAGCCAACGGAGGCAAAAGCGAUUCCAGGAUGUUAAAUCCGCCAAUCGGGCUAUAUUUUGUCCUUCCCCUCCUUUUCCCCCCUCUUCUUCCCUUCCGUUUUUUUUUUCUGAAUGUGAUUGGCAGAUGUUCUCUCCAGAUUAUCUCUCCAACGAGCUUUGUUAUGCCUGGCACUUUUUUCUCAGUCCAAUUUUACUCUUUUCUCCUUGGCUUAACCAAGGGAUCAUCAUUUUAUAUCCUAGUUUCAAACGAAACAACGAAAAAAAAAGAGGAAACAAAAGCAACACGGCAAUUUUCCGGUCCUGCGUAUUUUGCACCUUUAAAAAUCUAUUCCUUUCUUUCCAGCCUUGGGGGAAAUAAAAACUUACAACGAGGAGGAUUUGCUUUGGUGAAGACAGCACAACUGACAGUGGGGCGAUGACAUUGGAUGUGUCUGGGUUCAUUUUUUUAAAACCCCGUUGCAACGAUGGGUGAAUUAUCUAUCUGUAGGCCUGUUUCCUACUUCCUUUGGGCUAAUUUUCAUUCAGGGUUUUCUUUGUUACCUGCUCAGCCUUUCCCCUUAAGAAGGGAAAACCGUGGUGUUUUUUUUUUUUGAGAAACUCAACGGGAUCAAUUUCUCCUCUGAAACCAUGAUAGGUUGCCUAUUUUACACCUUGAAA